AUGGAGACCCUCGGGAGCGGACGGCUGUCACACGGGCUUGUGCUGUGCUGCGCCUUUUGGGGACUCUGCCUGGCCUCUCCAGACUACGAUGAUUACUCUCAGAACAGCACCGACGAGCAGGUAACGACACCAGAAAUCACACCGUGUCCCCGAGCCAUCCCCGGGGAAAAGGCAACGAUAAACAACGUCACGUACCUGUUGAUACACGAGGCCACACGCUCUCAGCUGGGCAGCGUGGUCACGGUGCGGCUCAUCCCCUGCCUCUACACCCUCGUCUUCCUCGUGGGGCUGCCUUCAAACGGGCUGGCCCUGUGGGUCCUGGCCACCAGGGCCGAGAAGCUGACCUCCACUGUCUUUCUGAUGAACCUGGCUGCAGCAGACCUGCUGCUCAUAUCGGUGCUGCCCUUCAAGAUUUUCUACUAUUUCCUGGGGAACAACUGGCUCUUUGGAGAAGGCCUGUGCCGGCUCACCACGGCUUUCUUCUACGGGAACAUGUACUGCUCAGUGCUGCUGCUUUCCUGCAUCAGCGUCGACCGGUAUCUGGCUGUGGUGCAUCCUUUCUUUUCACGUUCCUUCCGCACCCCUGCCUUUGCUGCCUGCACCUGCACGGCCAUUUGGCUCUGUGCUGCUGUCCUCACCCUGCCCCUGACUCUGCAGCAGCAGUCGUAUCCCCUGUACGGGGCAGAUGCCACUCUCUGCCACGAUGUUCUCCCCAGGCACGAGGAUGACAGGUAUUACUUCUACUACUUCAUCUGCCUGAUUGCCUGUGCUUUCCUCGCUCCUCUGGCAGUGAUGCUGUUCAGCUACUGCUCGGUAUUGCAAGCCCUCCUGGGCAGUGGGAAGCGGUACGCCUACGCUAUCAAGCUUACAGCGCUCGUGCUGUUCACGCUUGUGGCCUUCUACACACCCAGCAACGUUCUCCUCCUUGUUCAUUACUCCAGCUAUAACUCCAAGCUGUAUGGCAACCUGUACAUCAGCUACAUGGUAAGCCUGGCCAUCAGUACCUUCAACAGCUGCGCUGAUCCCUUUGUCUACUACUACGUUUCUGAAGACUUCAGGGAUAAGGUGAGGAGGAGAUUCUACAGUCACCGAAAACAAAACACCACAUCCCUAAAAACCUCCAAGGAAACACUCCCUCAGAAAGAUUCCAAAGAUUCACUGGUGUAA